AUGAAGUUCACCAUCCUCACCUCCGCCCUCUUCCUCGCCACCGCCGCCCUGGCCAACCCCGAUGGCAUUGACGUGAACUCGAUCGUCUCCGCAGCCGAGAGCGCUGUCUCUGCCGCCGUCUCUGGCGGCCAGUCCGUUGGCUCUGACGUCGUUGCUGAAGCCACCUCGCUUGCUAACGCUGCUUCUACCGGCGGUGCCGCUGCUAUUAGCUCCAUCACCAAGGAAGCUGCCUCUAUUGCCUCUGCCGCCGAGACUGCCGGCUCUUCUAUCAAAUCUGCCGCCGAGUCCAUUGGCUCGGAUGCUGCUAGCCGCGCUUCCACCUGGAUCACCCAGUUCACCACUACCAACUCUAACGGCCAGACUACCACUGUCGCCUCCACAAUUACUACUGCUCCUUCUGCCUCUACAACCGGUACUGGCACUUCCACCAGUGCUGCUUCUACUAGCACUGGUGGUGCUAUGGCUCGCCCUGAGGCUAUGGGUGCUACCUUUGCCGGUGUUGCUGGUAUGCUCGGUGUCAUGGUUGCCCUUUAA